AUGGCUGCUUUGCCAGCUGAGGCACAGCGGCUUGCCAGCCGCGCACUGCGGCCCUGGCUGGCACGAGCUGCGCGCCGCCCAAUGCCACGGGGCCGGCCUGGAAGGCCAGGUGCGCCAGAACUUCAAUUCGAACUGCAGCCCAAGCCAUUGCAGGAGCACGGCUGUACGGGCAAAUCAUUCUCCGAGGAGGUGGCAAGCGGUACGAGGUGUUCACAUGGCCAGGCCGCUGCUGAAGAGGCUGCAAGCGCGCAGCGAGCUGCCUCACUGCACGCAUUGCGCCGCGGAGAAGUGGCGCCGGGCGCCGUACUCUCCACCUACUUCAUCCUUGUGCGUCACGGCAAGUCCCUGGGUGCUGCGGAGGCUGCGGCGCUUUGGGAUGCCCUCACGGAAAUGCCUGCCAGGGGCACCACGCCGCCACUGCUCAGGCUCUCGGGACGAGAGCUGUGCGACACACUCUUCGUCCUCGCCUCUGCGCGCCGUUUCAAUCGACACACGGACAUUGCCCACGAGGUUGCGAGGACUUUGUGCUCCCACUACGAGGAGUACCUCUCUGAGUUGCAGCUGUGGCCUCAAACGCUUCCGCUUGUAAGUGAAUUCUUGGCCUGGCAUUGCGGAGACUCGCGAUUGUUGAGCAACUUCUUGCGGACGGUGCUGGUGCCAUUUUGGCGCAAGCAUGCGGACACUGUGCAGGCAGUCCUUGUGCCCCACCACGCGCAAGCUGUGUCAGCGGCCUGCGCUCGCUGCGGAAGGGCCUUGCCGCAUGACGUCCUGGAAACUGUCCGCAGCACAUUGUGCAACUGGACCAUUGCCAACGUUUCUCGGCUGGGCCCUCGCGGUACGGCAGGCAUGGCGUUGGCAUUGUCGAGAGUAGGACCCGGCCUAGCUGGAGAGGAUGCCAACGCGCAGUUGUUGACAAUGUUGGUGCGCCGUGCCGGCCAGCUCUUGGAGGAGGCAGCUGAAGGUUCGAAAAGGAUGCAGCGUCGCUCGGAUGACAAGGUCCUCAAGCCGCUGACGUCAGCUGCCUGUCAGCACACCUUGCCUUACAGUACCGUUGCUUCACAGAUGCUCCUGAUUCAAGACAUACCGGCUUUUGAACAGGUGCAGUUCUUCCGCCCGGACUGGCUUGGCAUGUUUCUGAGUGCAUUGGCACGUGGCCGCGUCCGAAGCGAGGUGGAAACACUAAGGCUGGUUUCGGGCAGUUGGGCUGCAGUUUGCUGCGCAAGCAAACUUCGCAACUGCUCUUCACUUUUGCUUGGCGGCGACUUGGCCCCAGGCGCCUGCUGGAAGCACACCUCCUCCCGCGACAGCGCAGCCACUGAGAUGGCAUCAGCCUGCGGGAUGGCUUUGGGACUUCCGGUCAUCUUGCAAGUGCCACCCCGAUCUCCCCUCAUGAGAUCCUGCAGCUUCAGCACUGUGUUCUCUAUAGGUCUAAGAGUCUAA